CCCCACUUUGAAUGCGUCUUUAAGUCGAGCACUUAUUAAAUGCAUAUAUACACAAACGCUGCCUUGAAGUCUUUCGACACAAAUCACCUCUGAUCACUGACGUCCGACACCAAAGCAGCAGCCCUCCAGGACGCAGCUGCAGCCGUAUCAGCCUGUGUCAGGGCUUUCCACUGUAGUGCUGCAUUCUGAUGUAGCCCAGCGGAUACACAAACGACACGCUCAGACCUCGCGUUCAGUCGCUGUUUUUAAUGUCUACGAAGCAUCAUGACACUUGCUAAGCAGUGGCUGACCGGAUUCGCGCUCCUGUGCAUUUAUGUUGCAGCUGAAUCGAAAAAGAAUUUCAAAUGCCCUUCAGGAUGCUCCUGCACAAAGGAGACCAUCAUCUGCGUCGGCACUUCACAGAUCCCCCACACUAUACCGAAAGAGAUCAACUCCCUGAGCAUGGUUAAUGGAUCAAUUGCGGAAAUUACAGAGGGGAUGUUUUCACUUAUGCCUUCUCUUCAGCUGCUGCUUCUUAAUGCAAAUUCUUUGACUGCAAUCAAAGAUGAUGCUUUCUCUGGUCUGCCUCAUCUAGAAUAUUUGUUCAUUGAAGGGAACAAGAUAGAAACCAUCACCAAAAAUGCCUUUCGUGGUCUACGAGGGUUGACUUAUCUCUCCCUUGCAAAUAACAAGAUAAGGUUUCUGCCGAGGGAUCUCUUUUUUGACUUGGAUUCCUUGCUGGAAAUAGAUCUGCGAGGCAACUCUUUCCAGUGUGGCUGUGAGAACAAGUGGCUGAUGACAUGGCUGAAAAACACGAAUGCCACAGCAUCAGAUGUCUUCUGCGCAGGCCCCAGUGACAUGAAGAGCAAGCGGCUCAAUGACCUUCCUAUUCCACCGGGCGAAUGUAUUUCCACAGACUUUGUGCGUCAUCAGUCCAUCCCCAUUCAGUCAAUAUCAGCGGACAUCUUCUCCUUCAAAGACGACAUCUUUGUAGCGAUGGCCGCCCCAAACUCCAACAGCUGCAUAGUCAUGGAGUGGGAUCACAUUGAACUGAACUUCAGAAAAUUUGAUAAUAUAACAGGGAAGUCUGUUGUUGGAUGCAAGUCGGUUCUAAUUGAAGACCAUGUCCUAAUAAUAGUCACCCAGCUCUUUGGGGGUUCCCACAUUUACAAGUUUGAUGGUCAACAAAACAAAUUCAUCAACUUUCAAACUAUUGAGGUGUUCAACAUCUCGAAGCCAAAUGAUAUUGAAGUCUUUCAGAUGGAAGGUCACUGGUACUUUGUGAUUGUGGACAGCUCCAAGGCAGGCAUGUCUACUCUCUACAAGUGGACUGACCAACCAGAACGCAAUGAAACUGGUUUCUACUCCUACCAGUUUCUCCAUGAAUGGUUUCGUGAUACAGAUGCUGAGUAUGUUGAGGUGGACGGUAAGUCCUACCUGAUCUUAGCCAGUCGCUCUCAGUCACCAAUCAUCUACCUGUGGAACAGGAGUACCUUAAAGUUUAUACUUCAUAGUGAAAUCACAAACGUUGAUGAUGUAGUGGCUGUCAAAGCUUUCCGGGUGGAGGGUGACUUGUAUCUGGCCAUGGCUUGCUACAUCGGUGACUCCAAAGUCCUCAAGUGGACCAACAAGCAGUUCAUUGACGUGCUGCCUCUUCCCUCUCGAGGGGCGAUGAUCCUCCAGCCGUUCACCUUCGCAGACAGGCACUAUCUUGCUCUUGGCAGCGAUUACUCUUUCACACAGAUCUACCUCUGGGAUACAGAGUCAAAAACAUUUCACAAGUUCAAGGACAUUUACGUGCAGUCACCCCGGUCAUUUACUGUGGUGACCACUGACCGAAGGAGUUUUAUUUUCUCCUCCAGCUUCAAGGGGAAAUCGAUGGUCUUUGAGCAUAUAUUUGUAGAUUUAAGCUUAUAAUAACUACAAAAGCAGUACUGAUCAAAAUAUACAGUGCUUAAAAAAAAUUAUGAGACCAUUGUAAAUGCUGGCGGAUUAACCUUGCAGAAACAUUUAAAAAUGACUUGGCAAUUACCAGUACUGAUAAUUUAGGACAGCUGUGGGAUGAACCUCAUGGUGGUGGUCAAAUAAAUUUGUUAAGUACUGCAUGUUGGUUAGUCGCUUCAUAAUGAGUGUAUGCUGUCAAAGAAGUGUCAAAUGCUGUGUAUUGUACUUAUGCAACUAGACUUAUCGUUCUUGGUUUGAAACUAAAUUUAAUCAAGUUUUCUGCAAAUAAUGUGAUAUGGAUUCAGAAAAUUAUGAAGGCUAGGUUAAUGUUACACCAAAGUAACUAAAGGCUGACAGAAAUAUAAUAUGACAAUGCAACUGCAUUAAGAAAAUGUUAUGGCAAUACCAAUGCAUCCUUAAAAAGGCUUGGCUUUUAUCAUAAUUCUGUCAAGCCAACAAGCCAGACACUGUCCACACUAGCCAAAGAUAUCACAGACUAUUACCCUCCUGCGCUACACAGGAAGUUAGUGAGAAGCGUGACCAUUUACACCCUACAGCUGAUGGUGUAGCUGUGCAAGCAAAACAAACUUUGUAUGUCACGUCAAAAUGAACACUGGCAAAAGCAAAUCAUGUUGUAUGGUGUUGUAUACUCUGUUUAAUUUGCCAUGUCUGAAGGAAAAAAUGACCACCGUUAUCGACAUUGGUAUUGCACAGAUGUCACGGUUUUUGUAGUUUCAAAAAAAUUACAAAAACUGUGACAUGUAGCCCUCAAAAUUUUGGUAUUUGAAAAAAGUGUGCAUUUUUGAGGGUUUACGCUUGGAAGUAAAAUGCUGAAUGUUAGUCAGAAAGUCAUGGGGAGUAAAAAAAUGGACACUUUCUCUGAGAAGCCAUCAAAAAUUUUGAAGCCAUUUCAUUGCAGUAAGUGUUAUGACUGCAAAGAUAAAAGUGCAUGAUGCACAGUUUUCUUCCUUACCUGAAAACAGAAUAUCCAUCCAUCCAUCUUCUUCCGCUUUAUCCGGGGCCG